AUGCAAUCGCACGACCUCGCCGAGAGCUCGCUGCAGCGCUUGUCCUCCGUCUCCCCCGCGCGAUUCAAGAGUGCGCUCGCGACCUCGCGCCGCCUGCUCGAGAGCGCAGAGGCGUCCUCGCCGAGUGGACGCCGAAAGCGACCAGCGACAAGCUCCCCGACCACCUCACCCACAAAAGUGACUACGGCCGACGCGAUGAGUCCGUUCCAAACACCCCGCAAGAAGUUCAAGUACACCUCCGGCCUGGACCUGACCGGCCUCGUGCAUGCGCACUCGCCGAGCAAGGGCAGUCCGCUGAAGCAGAGCGUGACGCCGAGCAAGCGGCGGGAGAAGCGGGAGAUCGUCGACGUCUCGGACUCCGACAACGAGGUUGAGGCUACGCCGACGAAACGACGCACGCCUGCCGCUGCGACUACUACCGCGCCUCGGAGUCCACGCAGCGCGCGUCAAAAGGCGCGCGACCAGAAGGAGAAGGACGGCAAGGCCGCCUUCCUCGCCCUACGCCCUGGGGCGUCCGAUGUUCCGUCGAUCCAGGUCACGGACGAGGAGGGGGAAGACGACCUGACGCCGCGUCGUCGCUCCCCUGUCCGUCGGCUCGUGGACGAACUCCAGCCCCGGCCCACGCGGAAACGUACCCGUGUAAGAAUGGACUGGACGUUCCGCGAGACGGUGUGGGCAUCUUUUGACCCAGAAGGCGAGGCGCACAAGCGGCGCAGGGCUGAGCUGGAGGAGAUCCUGCGUCCGUUUGAGAAUGUCGAGCCGGUCGACGGACCGGCCAAGACCGUCGAUGAGAUCGUGCUCGAGGCAUGGAGGGCGCGCAUGAGUGCCGAGGAGGCGGCAUAG